CCGGCACUGACAAGUAGGUCCAUGUGAACCACUUUUUACCAAAGAAAUCGUUAAUCGAGGUUGGAUGUGUGAUGGUGGUUACGGCUGCUGAAUUGUGAGAAGACGUUCUCCUAUCUCCUCUCGGCUACUGCUGUCUUUGUCUCUCAGGCCCAAUGGCAAGUCGCCUCUUGGGCAGAUAUGCCCGUCUUCUCUGCAGGGCCUCCUCUCAGGCUCCGGCUGCUACUGCUGCCCGUCUGCCUCUGUCUGUGGCUGGGGUACUAGAGUUGCAGAGGGCUCAGGCAUGGCCAUGUAUCACAGAGAGGCUAAUGUGCGAGGGGAGGGUGAUUGCCAAGGAUGACUCUUUUCCAAGCAUGCCUACACGCACCCGGCUGGACGAGCUGGUUGAAAAGGCAGCGGGGCCAGAGGAGGUCCUGGUGGCCUGGGCAGAGCACGGAGGAAACGGUAAUCAAGCUGCUACUACUCUGAUGAAGUGGACUCGUUUGGUACUGACGACGAAGGGCAAGUUUAAGGAUCAAAACCCAGAUCUGAUGAGGGACUCAAGGCUACAGGAUAUGAUGGACACCAUAGCUCAGCAGAUAUCUUCAGUGUGGAAUAACGCUCUAGUGUCGGUCUUGCGCGCUCUCUGGAUUAUGGGUGUGCCCACAACUGAUUCAACACUCAGUUCUGUCCAGACAGAGGUUCUGUGGCGAGUCCGCAGGCUAAGCUAUAAGCAGCUGGGCUUUCUGGCACACUGGGGAGCAAGCAGGAAAGGACAGCAGGAUGUGGCAAUAGUAACUGCUGCAUUAAAACAGCUGGAACUGCGUUGGACUGAAAUCUCUGAUGCUAAAACUGUUGGUGCACUAAUAUCCAGAGGACAAUACAUGUCACCGACCUUGAUGGACAGACUAGAGGACAAGGCUUUGGAGCUCGCAGAGGGCUUUUCAGCAGAAGAGAUCCGCAAAGUGUGUUUAUCUUUGGCCACUCUAGGCCGCAGAUCUGUCCCACUCCUCAGAGCUCUGUCCUACCACCUUCUCCAGAAGCCGUCGUCAGAAUUCACCACUACACUGAUACUGGACAUGGCCUAUGCUUAUGGGAAGUUGAAUUUCAACCACUCUCAGGUAUUUCAGCGGAUGGCAUCGGAGUUGUUACCCAGAGUCCCAGAGACCAGCGCUGUAGAUGUAACACGCUGUGCAAAAUCACUGGGUUUCCUCAAAUGGCUCCACAUCCCUCUCUUUGAAGCCUUUGCUGUGCACUACACAGCAAACAGUCAGAAUUACAGUAUUCUUCAGCUCUGUAAUCUGCUCAUGACUUUUGCCAGAUUGGGCUUCCAGCCCAGCAAAGGAGACGAGUUCUACAGCAAGGUUCACUCUGUGCUGGAGGACUCUCUUGCAGGCCUGGAGCCUUUCUUGAAGACAGAUGUGGUGUGGUCCCUGUGUGUGUUACAGCAGGCCAAGCCCCACUACCUUACACCCCUCACACAACAGAAACACAUUGCUACUCUGUCAAAGGGCAGUCCAGUUCGAGCAGACAACUAUCGGCUAAAGCUCCUCCACAUUGCUGCUACUCUCCAGUUAGAGCAUUCAGAAGCCUCAGAAGCUGCAGCCGCUCUCUUAGCGACGGCUCAGUCUAUCCGGGCCACCAGCUCCUCCCUGUCCCCCUUGCAGAGCAGUCUAAGAGGGGCUUUACAGAGUUUUGUGGGUGAGAAGACUGAGGCUGUUCGCACAGGUGUUGACACUUUGUACGGAUGGACUAUUGAUGGUGAGCUAGUAGUGGAUCAUGACAACAAACCAAUUGACAUGUCAAUGUUGAAAGCUCCUCAUCUACUCAGUGGAGGAGGAGACCAGGAUUUACCUGUAGGGGCACGGCGGCUUGCUUUCUUGGCAUGGGAAUUUCCCAAUUUUGGCUCAAAGAGUAAAGACCUUCUGGGGCGGUUUUCCAUGAUGAAGCGACACCUCCACCUGGCUGGCUUCAUCACAGUGGAGGUGCCAUAUUAUGAGUGGCUGGAGCUGAAGACAGACUGGCAGAAACAGGCAUACCUCAAGGAUAAAAUGGGGAAGGCUGUGGCCGAGGACAUGGCCAAGUGAACUGGAGUGUCUAUAUCAAAUUUGUAAGCUCAGCUAAAUCGGAGCUUUCUCAACCAAAUGGGGCACACACACACGUACACACACGUCCACACUCAGAACGGCGCAGCAUUGCAGGAAAGCUCUCUCAUACUUUUGUCCCGGGAAAAAAAAAAUCAUAUUUUUACUCUGGUUCCCUUGGAAACAUGUGGGGCUUUCCCUGUUUCCAUGGAGAUGACGAGCAAGAAUUUUGGAGCCAGAGAGAGACCAAAAUAAACACAGCAGCGAGUCCUUCUAUAGUACUUAUAUGAUCAAGGACUAAGUUGUUGCAUCUGUGACUGACAUGUGAAAACUGAAGCACUGCGGCUAUCUGUAGACAUUUUUGGCCACAACAUGUUUAAUAGCAGCAUGUGAAUAGAUUGGAAUUAACUUAAUUAUGUCUGUGAAUGUGUGCGAAGUCAUCAAGUUGUAAUGGAAUAAAUUGUUUUAUUGCCA